AUGUUUCAGCAGUUCAAAAACAUAUUUCCUAAUGCUUCGUUGAAUAUACGUUCUAUAACCGAAUCUGUCGGAAUUAACAAUACCGAGUGGAAUCGUGGAGUGGAAAGAUUAGAUGCGCUUCGAAACGAAUUUCAGAACCUCAACUCGAUAUUUUCAAACCGGCAAGAUUACAGUGACACACUCUCCUCACAGCAUUCAGCAUCCAACAAAGAGGAAGCAUCCCUUUCCAUCAGAAAUCUAAAGGCAACAGGACGAAUGAUAGACAAGCUGCAGGAAGGUUGGGAUGGUAUUCACAAAUCAAAUCUGGACAAUUUCGAGAAGGCUCAAGUAGCAGAUAUUAAAUUACGGCAGUUGAAACGAGCAGGUGAACUCCAUUACAAAGUAUGCGAGACAAUGGAGCAUGUCGAGGAUAAUAUCACCGAGAUUCAUUCAGAUUUAAAGACGAUACAGGCAUCAGCAGCCAAUCUAAUGCAUGUGCUCGAAAAACUUGAGGAGCAAAUAGAUCAAGUAUCUGUAGACUAUGAAAAGCAGCAAUUUGAGCUGUGGAAACAAGAGCAAGAAAAGGCUUUGAUGGACGAAAUGUCCAAUAGAAGACAAUUGCUGCGAGAGAAAGAGGCCAAACUAAAACAGCAGUAUGAAGAGUAUGAUAAUAUACAGCAAAAGAAACGAGUGGAGCUUUAUGAGGCCAAUUUCAAUGCAGAGCUUGAGGAUUACAGAAGAAGACGAGAAACUGAGGUAUCGUCGCUAUACUCUCAUCAGAGCAAUGCAACUGCUGAUAGCACAGCAUCACUGGAUCAAGUGAAAUUGCAAGAAACAGGCGAGGAUCUGGAUCAGUUUUUGGGCGAUACUACUGAACGUACACCUUUGACAUUGGAGAAACAGCUCCAGACGAAAAAGACCAAAAAAGAGACAUCCAAGACAAAAGUUAUAUCACAGUCAGUGUAUUCAUCCAGCGAUGAGGACGACAGCAAGAUUGAGAUAUUAGCAGACGAGGAUUACGAAGAUUUAUAA